AUGGCCCCCAACAAGCAAGCACAGACAAGCGAGACGUCGCGUGAGGUGAACAACCUCCUGCACACGCUCAGGGGAGAACACUUUCGCCAUACUCAGAAUCUCCAGCGUGCAAUAGCGCGUACGCCGAAUAUGCAUUCAUACACCAACCCGAGCCUGCCCUUCGACCAGAUAUAUGCAGAGAAGAGGCCCACUACCGAACAACCUAAUUCCCGCCGUAAUUAUGCUGUCAUGCAACUCGGACCCGAAGGGAUUCUGGAGUACGCAUACCCGCGCGGUCCGGUUCCUGGUCCGCUCCCACCGAGAAGCUGGAGUGGACUUUUCGACAAGGGGAAGGAGAAGGAAGUCGAUGAGUGCUCCAAGAGAGCGGAGGCGCUCUCGCUUAUUCUCUCCCAUCUGCCUCCGACCGCAAGCACAGAGCGCUCGAUGCCCCCGCUACCACUUACAACUCUCUGUUUGCGGUAUCUAUUGUCUUUGUUCCCCGAAUCCGGAAGCGCGGACAUGUUCGGGGAAGAUAUCGUACCAUACGUGCCAGCUCACCUGCGACGCGAUCUCCUACGCUGGACGGCGAUACACAAGCCUCUCUCGAGCUCACGGCUCUCUUCCCUUUGCUCACCAGAUGGACACGCCGAGGGCGAACUCAUCGUUGUUGGUCCACAGGCGUCGCCGUCACGCGAUCUCCUUAGGCCGGAUGUAGCGAGAAGACGCGCUACUCGCAUGCCUCCAGAUGUGUACCUCAACGACAGCUCGAGCGAUCCCGAUUGGUCGUGGGACUCGCCUUCGUCCGACGUGUAUACACGGCCACCGUUAUAUGCGCUUAUACUCCUCACUACUCCCGUUUCAGUUAACACACUCCUAAGCUUCCCUCCAACACUCACACAUCUCGCCCUCAUCGCAUUGCCCAGUGCGGCUCCCAUCCAUCGUUUGCCUCGAUUAUGUCCCCUUAUUGAAGUGCUUGACCUCUCGUUCAAUACCUGGCUCAAGCAGGAAGCUGGGGAUGAUACCAUUCUAGAAAGAGUAGAGUGGGAACGCUGGCGUAGGCUCCGGGUACUAGGUUUGCGAGAUUGCAAUGUAGACGGCAGCGUUGCUGAUCGCGUGAACAAGGGUCGUUGGACAGAUGUCGAGGUUGUUGGUGUAGAUUUAGGGGCCCCUAGCUUAGAAGCGGCAAUGAGCAGACUCCGGUUGAAUGGGUAA